AUGUAGCAAACUUGAAUGCAGUUCGUGGAAUAGGCGCUGGGAAUGGAGGUAAUCAAAUUGGUGGUUUGAACACUGCAGGAGAAUUUCGCAAUGCAUGUGCCACAGAAAUUGGCAGAAUUGAAGCGGGAGUCGCAACUACUGGUGGUGAACCUACAAAUAAUGCGGUAGUAGCCCCGAAUACGGCUGGUGGUUUUCCUGCUGUUACAAUUGCUCCUGGAAUCAAACUUGGCCAGCUUAUUUUCUUACUCAGAACUGCCUAUACAACCGUCGAAUAUUUAAAACAAAUGGCAGUUUUUGGUCAACUUAUACAAGGAAAUAUGGGCAUUGAAGAGUUCUCUGCUAAAAUCAAAAAGGUUGGUAAAAUAGCUAGAAUGGCUCCCGAACAACAAAGAGAGCAAUUCAUUCGUGGCUUAAAUCCUAUGAAUCAGUAUAAUAUUCGAAUGAUGGCUAAGUUUAAUGAUACGCAAGAUAAUAUUACAGAAGCCUUAGCCGAAACAAAAAAUUUUACAUUAUCUCAAAAGAGUGUGCCAUCUUCUUUUCCAAUUUUUCCGACAGCCAACCCUUAUGCAGAUACUAACAAAUCAGGAAUGACUAAAACUGAAAUCGUGGAUUUGAUAAAAACCGCAAUGGCAUCCUCCGAGUCUCAAAUGGCUCAACAAAAUACUAAUUUGCAGUCUACUAUUAAAUCCUUCCAAGAGACUAUGUUUCGAGCGACUAAAACUCUAGAUAAUAGUAAAAAAUCAUCUAAGAAGAGAGCGGAAGAUAUUGGCAUUAAUCGCUUUUUGAGUGACUUACUAAGAAAAAAUCCAG